UUGAUUCAUUCUCCAUUUUUAUAACAGAAGUUACUGGAACUAGGGUAUAGUGUAUUUUAAUGAUAUAGAUUUGGAUCAAUCUCGUAGAGAUGAGUAAGGGCAUUGUGGAUUUGAUACGUCGCCAGGUUCGGCCAUUCCAGGAGUUUUUUAAGCUUGCCGAAUUCACGAAGGCUCAAGACAAUGGAUAUUUUCCAAGGAUAAGAGGAUUCUUUGUGACCGUUGCUCGGACAAAUGAGCUUCGACGAGGAGAUUUAAUCGGCACUGAUGACCUUGGGAAUAAAUAUUACGAAAACAACCGAUAUUUUGUUGGAAGAAAUCGAUGGGUCGAUUAUGCUCAGGAUACUUUCGCUCAGAAAUGGGAAUUCAAUGCAAGUCAAGUACCUUCUGAAUGGCACCGUUGGCUUCACUACAUGACUGAUGACCCGCCUACAAAGGUCCCUCCUACGCCACGCCCAUUUAUGAUGAAACACGAGGCAACAAAAACUGGGACAGAUGAUUGUUACGUACCAUAUUCAACUACAAGACCGAAAAUUCAAUCUUGGAAACCCCCUCAAUAAGGGAUUUCCCCUUCUUAAAUUUGUUUUUUUGAAUCUUUGAUUAUUUGUCUGAUAAAAGAUAUUUAUGAAAUUA